CUUUCCCUCUCGAAUGUUUUUGUGAGACUAUCGCAGACCGACGUUGCGAUCGCAGCAACCCAUACUUUGGACAAUUCGCUUGCAAGAACAGCCUUGUUGCUUGUUGCUAUACCGUUACUCGCUCUUACGCUCUACUCUACUUGCACACACGACGAGACGCAAUGUCUACCAUUGACAUCGUCCUCGGCGCCCAGUGGGGUGAUGAGGGCAAGGGAAAGCUGGUUGACGUCCUCGGACAAGACGCGCAGAUUUGCGCCAGAGCUCAGGGCGGACACAAUGCCGGUCACACUGUCAUCGUCGAUGGUGUCAGCUACGACUUCCACCUCCUCCCCUCUGGUCUCCUGCACCAGAAGUGCAUAAGCCUCAUCGGUUCCGGCGCCGUCGUCCACGUCCCGACCUUCUUCAAGGAGAUGGCUGACCUCGAGGCCAAGGGCCUCAAGAACAUCCGCGAGCGCCUUCUGGUGUCCGACCGUUGCCACAUCAUCACCGACUGCCACAUCCAAGUCGACGGGCUGGAGGAGCAGGAGCUUGGCGGCAACAGCAUCGGCACCACCAAGCGCGGCAUCGGCCCAACCUACAGCACCAUGGCUGCCCGUAACGGUAUCACCAUUAGCGAGAUGUUCGAUGAGGAGCUCUUUGAGCGUAAGCUCCGUCUGCUCGCUCAGGGCUUUAAGAAGCGCUUCGGCGACCUCCUCGUCUACGACGUCGAGGACGAGAUCAAGCGCUUCAAGCAGUACAGAGAAGACCUCCGCACCUUUGUUGUCGACGCCGUCCCCAUCAUUUCCGAUGCCCAGAAGAACGGCAACAAGAUUCUCGUCGAGGGUGCCCAGGCUGUCAUGCUUGACCUGAACUUCGGAACUUACCCUUACGUCACGUCAUCAAACACUGGUCUUGGAGGUGUUUUCACCGGUCUCGGCCUCAACCCCAAGAAGAUCAACAACAUCGUCGGUGUUGUGAAGAGCUACACGACCCGCGUCGGCGGUGGCGGCUUCCCCACGGAGCUGCUCAACGAGACGGGCGAGAAGCUCCAGAAGAUCGGCCACGAGAUCGGAGUCUCCACCGGCCGCUCCCGCCGGUGCGGCUGGCUCGACCUGGUCGUCGUCAAGUACUCGACGGACCUGAACCACUACACUGCGCUGAACCUCACCAAGCUCGACAUCCUCGACACCUUCCCCACCCUCAAGGUCGCCGUCGCCUACAAGAACAAGCAGACGGGCGAAACCUUCGCCUCCUUCCCCGCCGAUCUCAAGGCCCUCGAGGAGGCCGAGGUCGUCUACGAGGAGCUCGAGGGCUGGAACACGCCCACGACGGGUUGCAAGACGUACUACGACCUGCCCAAGCAGGCCCGCGCGUACAUUGAGUUCAUUGAGAAGUUUGUCGGCGUCAAGGUUGUCUGGAUCGGCACCGGUCCCAAAAGAGAGGACCUCAUCUUCCGGGGAUACUAAAGAGUUGGGGACCUAUCGGUUUGAGAGAGGAGAGUGGCCGCAGGUCAUGGACAACGCCGAGACAUCGGGCCUCAGCGAGGUUGUUGAUAGAGUCUCGAUAUAAACCAGAAAACAAUAGACGAUAAAACAUAACCGCACCACGCUCGUCAAUCGGUGAAAUCAGUCUGGAAGAGCUACGAUAAUGAGUAUCGUCCUUGUGCCUCCGGCUGAAAUAUACAUCUUCUGAUACCUACGUCACAGCCCCUUCUCGCAAGCAUCGUCAUCGUAAGCUCAGGUGUAUCUCCUUACUAAUAGAUACUUCACGAACCAAAAAUCCGGGGCAUCAUUGGAGACUCAACCAGCGGGGCCGCGGAAAUCGGGCCUGCAGCCAAGUCCCCG